GCCAAUUCGUGUGGUCAGUGGUCGUAGUGAUUCCAGACAAGCUGCGGCGAGUUCGACUCGUCGCUGAUGCGCUGCCUGUGGCUUGUCUGGUCUCUACUGACCUGGCUCGCAGCUAUUUUGUGUACAGUCGGUUGCUUGCUACCAUACUGGCUGAAGGGAUACGUAACCAUACCCCUAACAACUUCAGUUCAGACGUCUGCGGACCUCCACGCCGAACACAACUGGAAAGUCGGCAGGUCCAAACCGGAGCCAAAAGUUGACCUACCGACAGAUUUGGGAUUAUUUCGACGUUGUGGAUAUCCAAUUUAUAUGAAUCAAUCACCUGCUCAUGAUGCGCAUCAACCUAAUGUACAGUUCAUUACCCCUGUAAAGUGGGAACACGUCUGUGGACACUACUCGUACAUUACCAGCGUUCCUCACAAAGCAUGGAGGGUGGCUUUUGUCUUCCUGAUCAUCGCAUGCGUUUUACUUUUCUUCGUCACAUUUUUCCUCUUCAUGCUGGGAUUCGCACUAUACCUGCUUUCAGUCCAAGGUGUAUACCGAUCGUGUCAAGCAAUUUUAUUGUCAUCUGGUCUACUUACUUUGCUUGCGUGUAUACUCUAUCCAAUCGGAUGGAGUGAAAAUUCGGAAGUUAAACAAGCUUGUGGCGAUGAAGCUAACACGCUUAAUCUGGGAAGAUGCCACGUUGGCUGGGCCUACGUUCUAACCUGCUCCGGUGGAUUGCUCACCCUUUUCUCUGCAACAUUGCCAAUCAUUUUUCCAAAGUCGAAUACCAACAGGGCCAAUCUCAAUAGAAGUCAAGCAGGGCAUAAACUCCCUGCAUAUUCCUCCAGCCGCCGACGAACAUUUCUGUGCUGUUGGCCCCCUACAGAUAACACCUCGCAAUCCAUACCCAUUGACCGAUUAGGUUUCUUUCCGGCCUAUCAACACUCACCCGCAAAUUCACUUGACACGCAGUCCCUUAUCUACCAGCCGUCAUUGGCCAACAGGCCGGCGAGCGUAAUUUAUAUGACUAGGCCUGAUGGUGUCAGUACUACCGGAUCGGCGUCUCCUGUGGCGAGUCUGCUAAACCAUCAUUUGGAUGCCGUUGGGACAGGAAAUGACGACACGGCUGUCAAAUUGCAGUCCACGACUUCCCUGAAUAAACUGGCGAGGCCCUCGUUAGCCACGAAGCCACCGAUAAUGCCCCCUUACUCCUAUGUAUACAACUACGUCCCUCAGCGUUACAGUACUGGUGCACUGUUUGGUCACUUCCACCCUCUGAAUGGAGUCCAUCUAGCUCAUCCUGCAAGUCAACGAGUUAGUGUCACGGUGAAUACAGAUCCGCUCAUUUAUGUGGCCGAAGAGGACGAAGCAGAUGCGGCAGAUCCCAGCCAACCGGCUUCCGUGGUUCAGUCAGCUACUGAAAAGCCGGUGGAUGGAAAUGCAGAGUGCUCUCAAAAUACCCAUACCAACGAUGGAAUCAGUACUACAAUGCAACCAUCUUCCUCUCAUCCGGUUGAUCCCGCAUCAACGCAGAGUGCGAAGACUUUCCGCAAGGUGGCCAACGGUCCCGUCACAAUGGUUCCAGCGGCGUUCUUGCACCCUAUGGGGACUAUUUCAACUGCCGGUGCACAAUGGAUACCAGCCGUUUCAUUCGCGCAACUUGUCAGCCACACAGGGGGAAGGCAAAAUCGUCCAUCUGUAGUUCAAAGUGAAACAAUUCGACGCAAACGGGCAUCUUGCAUGCUUUGACUUUCACCCGGCGAUAAAUCAAAACACUUUGUGUAACCAGCCCUCUUCCCUCCUCUUCUCCCAAAAUGAUAGAAGCAACGCACACACGAUUUCUUGAGCAUCGUACAUGCAAGCAAACGAUUGCAUUUAUUGUCUCGCCUUCGGUAUUUUUUACCAGUCAAAGCGAAUUCGCAUUUUCACAGGCAGAUUAUUGUCAGUAGGGCGGAACACUAGGUAACGAAUGUUUUUCUCAUCUUGACUCAGGACUUGCGUUUGUCAAACUGAUUAUUUAUCGUUUCACGUCCACUAACCUGUUUGUUUUGUUCUCAAUGAGGAAGCGUGUGCUUGGGCACCUUUAUCAGCAG